GCAUCAUCAUCAUCAUCAUCGCCGCCCUUUUUUCCUUGCCCGCGGCUCGGCCAUGGGCGAUGGGUGGCUGCCGUCCGAUUGCGGGCCCCCCCAAAACCGCUCGGUGGGAGGCGGAGGGGGGGUGACGGCGGCACCGGGGGGGAACCGGCAAGUGGCCGGCGAGUUGCUGUCGCAGCAGUGGGCGGUGGGCAUGAGCCUGCUGAUGGCUUUGGUGGUGUUGCUCAUCGUGGCCGGCAACGUGCUGGUGAUCGCGGCCAUCGGGCGGACGCAGCGGCUCCAGACCCUCACCAACCUCUUCAUCACCUCCCUGGCCUGCGCCGACCUGGUGAUGGGGCUGCUGGUGGUGCCUUUCGGGGCCACGCUGGUGGUACGGGGCACCUGGCUCUGGGGAUCCUUCCUCUGCGAGUGCUGGACCUCCCUGGAUGUCCUCUGCGUGACGGCCAGCAUCGAGACCUUGUGCGUCAUCGCCAUCGACCGCUACCUGGCCAUCACCUCGCCUUUCCGCUACCAGAGCCUCAUGACCAAGGGACGGGCCAAGGGCAUCAUCUGCACCGUCUGGGCCAUCUCCGCUCUGGUCUCCUUCUUGCCCAUCAUGAUGCAUUGGUGGCGGGAUGAGGACCCCCAGGCGUUGGAGUGCUACCAGGACCCGGGCUGCUGCGACUUUGUCACCAACAGGGCUUACGCCAUCGCCUCGUCCAUCAUUUCUUUCUAUAUCCCCCUCCUCAUCAUGAUCUUUGUGUACCUCCGGGUGUACAGAGAGGCCAAGGAGCAGAUCAGGAAGAUCGAUAGGUGCGAGGGCCGGUUCUACGGCAGCCACAAGCAGCCACAGCCGCCCCUGCCCCCUCACCCUCACCACCAGCCCAUCCUCGGCAACGGCCGGGCCAGCAAGCGGAAGACCUCCCGGAUCAUGGCCAUGAAGGAGCAGAAAGCCCUCAAGACUUUGGGCAUCAUCAUGGGGGUGUUCACCCUCUGCUGGCUCCCUUUCUUCCUGGUGAACAUCGUCAACGUCUUCAACAGGGACCUGGUGCCGGACUGGCUCUUCGUUUUCUUCAACUGGCUGGGCUACGCCAACUCUGCUUUCAACCCCAUCAUCUACUGCCGCAGCCCCGACUUUCGUAAGGCCUUCAAGAGGCUGCUCUGCUGCCCCCGGAAAGCCGACCGGCGGCUGCACGCCAGCGGUGGGGAGCUGGCCCCCCUGCCCGGGGGCUUCAUCAGCACCGUGGGCUCCCCCGAGCGCAGCCUGGGAGGGACCUGGUCCGACUGUAACGGGGGCACCCGGGGUGGCAGCGAGUCCAGCCUGGAGGAGAGACAUAGCAAAACGUCCGAUUCGGAGUCCAAGGAGUACGCCUCUGGGAGUCAGGAGACCAGAAUAUUUAAGAUUACAGAGGAUGCUUAAUUUGAAAGCUAAAAAUGGUCUGGAGUAGAAAGAAAUCUCCAUAUGUGGUACACGCCACCCCACAAUUUUAUCUGUGAUUCCAGCAAAGACAACAGGACCAAAAGGGUGCCCGGGAUGGCGAUGUCUGAGGCCGGCGACUGCGGCGAGGUGUUGGCUGCCCAUGUCGGGGUCGGGACGGGAUGGGGAGGCAGCACGGCUGUCCUCCUCCUGCGCCUCGGGGAUUGCAGUGAGAUGGGGCAGGAUGCGUCCCUAGCGCCCAACUGGGAGCUGAAGUGGCUGUGGAGCCCUCAUCCUCGGCAGGGUGCUGGAUCCUGGGGAAGCGCAGUGCCUACUGCAUGGGGUGGGACAAUCUAAUGGACUUGCUCUUCAUCUCUUAAAUCAGUUCAUAUACUUAAUUUUAACUAUCUGAACGCUCGUGGCCUUAGACUUUAAAAAGUGAUUAAAGUUUUGGCUCAACAGGGUCCAACUUAGGUGGGAAAUUCUUCUCCAGAAUCGUCCAGGCUGGAAGGGACCUCCAAAGGGCAUCUAGUCCGACCUCCCCGCAGUCAGCAGGGACACCCCCAACUAGACCAGGUUGCCCAGGGCCUCGUCGAGCCUCACCUUGAAUAUCAAAAAGAUAUUCUUGUCCAGGACUUGUUCAGCUUCUCCUGCUGAAUAGCUGUGCUGGGUCAUGCUUCCCCUGGACAAGUGUAAUGGCAGUGAGAAGGUGAAAGGUAGGAUGAAUUUUGCCCGUUGGUCUCAGUAGGGCCAGCUGUGGGAGCAGAGUGGUCAGGAUGUGUCCGCCGUUGAGUGUUGGCCAGUCGAGGACAUGCUGGAAGGGUCUGGAGGCUGGCACAUUGGGUCCCUCCGGAGAUAGCUAAGAUAAUCCACCUGGCAGGGUGGAUGGGGGACGCCGGUCCGUCUUGCACGGUGUGAAAAAGACGGUGGCACAGUAGCGGUGUGGACAGAGGAGGACAUAUGGCACGCACGUGUGCGAGGAAGGGGAGGCUGCUGGCGAGCCGUCUGCCGCCGAUCACGCUCAGAACAGGCUGUUCCCCGCCGAGAAGAAGGAUACUCUGAAAAGUGUUACGGGGCAGCCUGAAAUACUCCGGAGGCAAUGAGUCAAACACUCCCGAUGAAUAUUUUUUCCUGACGAAAACCAGACAUGGAUUAGCCGUCGGAGCUGCAGGUCAGAAAGUAUAGAUGGUAGGCAUGCGGCUGCACACGUACGUGGGCAGGAGAGUAACAGCGAGGAGGAGCCGCGGGCUGGAGGGGGAGACCCAGGUAAAACAGAAAUCCACUCCCAGAAAAUUAUUUGGCCGGGGUGCCCGAGACUUCCACGUGCAAGACGCCCCGUUCUCAAAGGCGCCGGCUCCACUUUAAGCCGUGUUUGCUCAGCACUUCUGGAAAGCAGGCGGCAGCUCUCCACGCGCUGAGAUGGGAGUGCGUCGGGUGGGAAGCCUGGCUUCGGUUCUCCCUGUGUUGGGGAAAGUUAAGGAUGUUUCAGGCACACAGCGGGCUGUCGAGACGCCGGCAGAAGGACCUCCCCGCCGGUGAGAGCUGCUCAAAAACACCCCUGGAACUUCUCUGUGCUUGGAGACCGCGGCCCUCAGCAUUAGCUGGCUGGAGCUCCAAGCAGUAACCGAUGAAUGAAUGGAACUAUGUGCAAAAAAUGUGGCUUAAAAUUGUGAUCUGAGCUGUGCCCACGGCACACGCGGUGUUUGAUGGCAUCAGCCAGGUGUUUGUGAUACAACAGGCAGCUGUUCUUCUGCAAAGGCUGCUCUCCCGCUUGGGUAUGCACAUGUUUUCAAGUAUAAGGACAACUUCUGUAUCAGCUUGUGGGUUUUUUGUUUUUUUUUUUCCCUUAAGCCCUAUCUGAAGUCAAGGUUUUAUUAAUAACUUUUAAGUGGCUAUUUUGCAAACCUUCCUUGUGCUGCACACUUUCCUAAUUUAUUGUAAUUUCCCGUCCGGUGGAGUGCACUGACUUCCUUUAUGUAAUAUAUCAGCUGCGGGGCUGGAAAUGGUGCAGCUAUGAACUGAACGAGCAGACUUUCUUGAGGCCAAAUGCGGUCAGGCAUCAUUGCCACUGGGAGCAGAGUUUGACCUGAUAAUCUAAUCUUAUACGGGAGAGUAUCUCCAGAAAAGUAUUGUUACCAGCACUAAAUGACCUCUGUUAAUGAAGCCGGAGCAAUUAGUCCUAUUCAAAGCUGUCAAGAAAAUGUUAACUGCUAAACAACAGUUAACGUUGGAUGGCUCAAAUAAUGAGUGUUUUGUUUGCUGGUGUGUGUUAGGUGAUGUGUUGGGAAAUAAUUAUCCUUUGACUAGCAGCCAGCUUUGUACUAAUCAGAAAGGAGAAGUCAUGUUCUGUUUGAAGGAUUAUACCUAAAAAUAGUUCUGUUGCCGCCACAUCAACGAGCGAAAUGAAGCAAAUUCACGGAGACGUACACACCUUCUUAACAUUUCACUUUUCGCCCUAAAAACUCAUUGUUCAGCUGGAAGUUUCUGUUUGAUCGUGUCAAAAGCACUAAUACGAUCUCCUGCAAUAGCGCUAAGCACACUCCCCUCGAGGAGCAUUACCCUAUGCACCACUGACUCGCAUUCAGAGCCUGCCAAAUUCCCCAAGGGCCCAGGAGGAAGUAAGGAGUCUUUCUCUUUAUAUAAACAAUCCCCUAUAAUGCAAGAUCAACAAUAUUUCUGAUAAUCGUCUGGCAGAAGAAAUCGAUACGCCUGCUGUUGGAGGUGUUUGUGCGCCCGCCCGCCCGUGGUAACAGCAGGGGAUUUACUCCUGCAAUUCGGUAACUCCAGGCUGUCAAACUGCCCUCAAAAAAGUGACCGAGAUGGAAAAAAGGAUAAAAAAAGGUGAUGCUGGCGAGCAAACCCAGGGUUGUCAUUGUAAACAGCAAAAAACCAGGGCAUCUUUUGCCAUGCUGUAGGUGUUGCUUUUCACUGGGAAAGUCUUACCGGUUUGGACUGGGAUGCUCCAGGCAGAUGCACUGUAGAAACGCGGGUAAAGGGUAAGGGGUAAUACACUUUCCUUGCAGGACUGUGCCACCAAGAGAUUGGCAGCUGGAACAUGCCCCAAACAUCCCUAAAAGUCGGAGUUCUUUAUUCUUUUUGGAUGACAGCAGCAGACUAAAGCACACCUGAGCAGCUUCUCAGCUCAUGUAGAGCUGCGCAGCUCCCUGGCCAUCCCAUGUGCCUCCCCCGUAGCAUCUCCCCUUCCCCUCCGAGGGUCUCAUGCCAAGUUUUGCAAGACCUGGAGCUUUCCCCCAGCCUGGAGCUGUUGUCUCCUGGCGUGGUGUGGAACAGGAGGUACCCCGUGGCACCCCGGGGGUGGCGGGUGCCGCAGGGUGCAGGGUGCUGCCUGGGCUGUGCCAGGCGUGCUGGUGCAGGCUGCCCCACUCCCUCCUGCAGACAGAAUCGGGCCCCGUCCUGCAGGAGUGUUGGUGUUGGUUGGGGUUUGUUAUGUAAACUGGCCAUUGGCUUCCUGGUUCAACCAACACUGGCACCUUGGGAGGCAUCUUCUCUUCGCAAAUGGCCCUUUUUUCGUCUUCCCACCCGCUCGCAUCCCGGGUUUUUCCAUGGUGGGGGUGCCUUGUUCAGCCUUAGCACCCAACAGCACCGGUUUUUCGGCUGUGUCCCAUCAGCAGUCAACAUCCAGAUGUGAAUGGUACCAGGCACCAGGCAGUGUUUGGGUUUGGUCACAGCCGCUCCUGCCAGGGUUGAUGCUUGGAGAAGUACCAGACAGACAGGGAACGAGUCCUGGCCUCCAGAUCCACCCCCUGAAGGAGAAAACAGAAGUUUACCCAGGCUUUUGCCACUGCCGCAGUUAGCAGCACGUCUCAGAUGUAAUGAUAUGCCUUUCCUUUCUGAUCCCGUGUAAUGCACCAAAUCCUGUUGUCCUUAAUGAGAUUAAAGAAGGAUUUUCUACUAUUUCAGUGCUCCAGCCAUUAGCCACUGUUGUGCGUCUCUAGGCAGUGAUGUACCUUGGCACGCUUGGCCUAGUGUCUCUCUCAAAGCCGUGAUAUAUAGACUUUUUCCUACCAACAUUAUUUUGAUAAUUGGUCUUAAGCUCCUUGGCACACUGCUUUGAAAGGUAGAUUUCAGUGUAUGCACCAGAGAGGCAAUCAGAGGCACUAAGGAGCUCAAAAAUCUCAGCAGCUGCUGGGUGUAUAAAUAUUUCAGCUACCAACAAGUCAUUUUUCAGGGCCAGGCGAGCGCUGCAUCCCCUCAGAGGCUGUCAGCUGCCCUCAGAGUGCGACUGCAGAAUGCCCUGCCACUGCAAGCACAAACUGCAGGGCCAGCACAAUAGCUCAUGUGCAAAGAUUUGCCAGGUGGUAAACUUGGCAUAGUUAACUUGGUUAACUUUAAGCAGUGCUUGGUGGCCGAAAUUUAAAGAGCGCGUGUUGAGAAGAAGGAAUUGAGGCAACCCCCUGGCAGGAUUUCCUAGCAGGGCAGGGAGAGCAACGUUCAGGGUUAAAGUUUCCACGCAGAGAUGAAGAGCCCCUCGCUGACUGGUCCAGUGAGGGUUUCAGAUGCCACUGGCACCCAGUGCAAGCCACCGUGGUGGGCAAGUGCUGUCUGUGGUGGGCAAGUGCUGUCUGCCCCGGGGACAGCUCGUGGUGGCCCAGCCAUCCCCCUCUGCUCCCGUAUGGAUGUAUAACAUGCCCUGCUCUCACCUGUGUCAGAGGGGACCCCAGAGGUGUCCUGUGACACCAAGGUGUGUGCCAGCCUGCCUGCCCCCUCGGGGCUUGCCGACCCACCAUUGUGCUGGGGAGGGAGGAGCAGGUAAACUGGGAGACAUCCCACGGAGCUCUCACUGUUCCACAGCUCGCCUGCUCCUUGCCUUCAUCGAGGGGUGUUUUGUUUGUCUGCCCUUCCCCUAAAUACUCGCUUGGGAGCCCUCAAAUAAAAUCACAAUUAGCUCGCGGAGCGGGAUGCAUUCCCGGCAGGCGGCUCCCCUGGCUCUGCUACACAGCAGCAGAGAGGAGAGGGAGGCAGGACGGGUGUUGGGGGGACCUGUUGCUCACCCCACCCCAACCGAAGCAUCCCGGGUACCCUGGCAGGUCCCCGUCACCAGGCUAGGAUGGCUGCACCAGCAGCACACCCAAAAUCCCAGAUCCUGAUGCAGGAGCAUCCUCUCUGCUCACAUGCUCGGGCUUUUUGGAGCUUUUAUGUAAUGCUGGGCACAAAGUGGCUGCUGCUGCAGUAAUUGCCAGUAACAACAGGUAUUGUCACACCGCUCUAAACCACCCUGAGAGCAUCCACGGGAGAGGUUUUGUCCCCGUUGGGCUGCCAGGCAGUUCCCAGCUCGCUGGCAGCGGGGUGGGUGCCUGUCUGCAGUUUUCAGCAUCAGCCCAUCCAGGCUGGGGCUGGUGCUCACACUCUCCCCUCCACCGCACGUCCCGCUGCCCGCAACAGCUCUGCCACCUCCGCAACCUCCUGGGCAACAGGCUCCUCUGGCUGAAUACCAGCCCUUUCAGGAAAGGUUUGUUUCAGCCGAUCCAGGUGGUAAUGGCACGAGGGGCACAGGAACGUGCAGAGCAACGGGGCUGAGAUGGUGUUGGGAGCAGCCCUGAUUUGGGUCCAUGGCUGUGAUCACAAACCUCGUGUCCGGCAGCGAUGCUGCAGAAGCUGAGACCCAGAGCAGCAUCCUCUGGCCUGUCAUCUUGCCUGACCUGUGCUGGAAAAGCAGGACUGGCCACCUGAACUUUCCCUCUCUUCAAGAGCCACACUGAAUAUUACCUUCAGAAUGGCUUAAUGAUGAAGCCAUUAAACUUCUCAUUGCACAUGGAAAGGGAAAGAAAAAGAAGUUUUGUACAAAUAUUGGUGCAAUAGAAGAAAAACAUGAUUUAAGUCUGAUUAUCUGCUGUGUAGCUACACCACAGUGAAGAGGACGGGGACAGACUCCUCAGCUUUUGGUAGAGAUCUGGGCCUGGGGAGCUGAAAGAGCAACUCAGGUAUGAGGUGACAGCACGAGGCUGUCCCCAGCUGCAAGAGGGUGACGUGGCAAUGGGGACAUCGGAAAAAUAAUUCCCCAGGAAGAGCAGCUCUCUUUGCACAAGGUCUUUGUGUGGAUCCCAACGCUGACGGGCACCAUCGAGCUGGUAGUGUCUUGUGAGUAAUCCCCACUGUGCGUGUCUUCUGCUGGAUGAUGUUUAACUGCUUUUAUUCCUGUGCACUUCGCUCGUGUGGGAGGAAGGAAUGCGGUGAUAAAUAUGCUGGAAUAAUUUCAGUGCUGGAUGGUUUCCAUUAAUGUAUUUCUCAUUAUGUAAUGCUGCCAUCAUGGUACAAAAUCUGUUAAGGUGCCUUUUAGGAAGAUGGAACACUUCUACAUAGCCAUAGUUAAGAAAGCCAUCGUAGAGCAGGCUGGGCUUUGAUCAGACACUUGUUAAUUGCACCGGAUGCGCUUGGGCUCUUGCAUGGUAUGGAUUUCUUUGCCCUUACGUUAUGAGACACCUCAUAAAUUAAAGGGUUGAUGUUGUCAAAUGCAUGCCAUUAGCACUCUCAGCAGAUAAUCUGUUCGGUGGCCUCAGCGCAGUCUAUCUCAGGGCCUGUCUCCUGAUAACACCCUGGAAGAAGAACAAUGGUGCUCCAAGCUCCCAGGGACCUCCACUCUUCAGUUCCGCGCUUCAGAAGAGAAAAAUUAUCAUUAUCUGCAUGGCUCAAGCUCCCUUUGAAAUGCAGUUAUUUUUUACUCAUACAUUCCAAGUAUUUUUUCUAUGAUAUCAGCGAGAAACUUGAAACUCCCUUUGAGAAGAGAAAGAUCUCCUGCAGCCCUACUACUAAGGAAAAUGGAUAGAUCAAGUAGUAAAGUUCAAUGACUUACUUAGCGUUAAAUAAGAAAGAGAAUAAUGAAUUGGAUUUUGUGUGCCUGUUUUUCCUCUGCAGGGAACAGUCAGGCUAAUGGAUUUGCAUUGCCUUCUGCUUCUGUUCAUCAGUCUAGGUGAGUUCAAAACACUGCUGCCUUUCUGUGCUCUCCUUUCACCGCUCACUUGUCACAACGUCAAGCAUUUGGAGCCUAGCAAACCCAUGGGUUUGUUACCAUCAAGGCUGUCCUGACCGGUGAGGAAAACAUGCAAGGUUAACCCCCUACGUCCAACGAUGACGUGUGGCCUGCUGCGUGGACAUCUGUAUUUCACGCUAGAGUAGGCAAUUCCUUACUUAGGGUGGACACUAGUUUCCUACUAUUAUGAGCUCAGGCUUUAACGUCCUUCAAGAGAGACAUUAUUUCCCUACUGGGUUCACCAAAACCUGGUUGGGUCUCCAAACCCCUCCUUUGUUUACGGGCUUUGCCGAGCGCGCCGUAGGGCUUUUUAAUGGGGAAGGAAGGGAGGUGGUGUAGGAGGAAACUAUUACAAAGCUAUUUAACAUAAACAACUUUCUCAUGUAAACUCCAAACACCGCUUGGCAAGGAAGAGGUUAAAGCUGGGGGGAGGACGGGGGGAACUCAUUAGGGCAAAGAUAUAAAUAGCAAGUCGGGAAGCCUGGGGAGGGACACGGGGGAAGGGGAAGCGAUGAGUUGACCCUAGAUGGGGUGGACUGCCUUGGCUUGCUGAAAGCCCUCUGCUGCUCUGCCCUUGGGUUUGGAUCUGGGUCCUCCCUGUGGCACCCCAAAGCGGGGGGAUGCUGAGACAGGAGUCUCCCACAUAACUGACCAGGAGUUGCAUUUGAUCAAAGGUGAACCUGGAAGGUGUUGGGGUCACCUGAAGACUUUCUGUGGAGCCAGAAACCAGUGCUGGUCUCACCUGCCCUUACUGCUCCAAACCUUCGCUGGGUCCAGCCCAGAGCCAGGGAGCUGCUCUCUGCCCACUCGGAUGGUCGGAGCAGGAUUUCCGUUUUCCUACCAGCCUUGGUGCCUCAGGCUUUCUGGUCUGUGUUUAUUCCAAAUGGGAAAUGCAUAAUGAGAAACUGUUUAAACAACUUAAGGUACAAGGAAACUCACUGGAGUAAAGUCCAACGUUGUAAUUUAUUUCCAAGGAAAUGAUGCACUCUCCAAAAGGACUCCACUCAAAUACUGCAAUUUAAAGUUGCAGGAGAAUUGCUGGCCAUCUUGGGUGCUGCCUGCGGCCUCAUCCAGGUCUGAGCGCGGUGCACGAGGUGGGCAGGAGCCUGCCAAUAUCAUCUGUACCCCUGGCUGGUCUUGCCACCAGCAGCCGUUCACCAGCAGGUUUUUGCAGAUCUUUGCAGGCAAGGAGAUGCCCAAUGCGGGUAUAACUCUGCUGGCAAAGAGGGGCCAGGCAGCGUUUCAUAAACUCUGUGCCAACGGAUAUGUUAAGAUACACACAAAUGCUAGUGAGGGCGUUUCCUUAACAAUGUUUUAAACCACCCCUAGCAGCUAUGUGGACCACCAUGACAAAGUGCAGGAAGUGACCAAGCGGAUGAGCAUCUUUCCCACCCCCCACCCCGGCUGUGAGCAAGGUGGGUACCCAGGCACGUUUGAAUGCCUGAGGUUCAGGGAGGGUCUGGGUGUUAGAGCUGUCCUGCCUGUUGGUUUACUUGCAUGGGUAGGUCUGGACAGCCUGGUGCUGGUGAAGGAAAGCCCAGGAGCCACCGAAGCCCCGGAGGAAUUCUCUUGUUCUAUUUCCAGCCCUGCUUUUUAAGAUACAAAGGGCUUCAGAUCAGAUGCAUUUCUGAAGCUUAUCUGUGUGAAUAUUUGACUGCUUAUCCAAACAGAACAAAAACCUUCAAGCCUUCUGAGGUCCAUCCAUCAAGAGCCUUAUCUCCCCGUGUCACCGCUCGGCUCCUGGCCGCUGCCACUUGGAGCCUCCUUCCACCCAGGGCUCAGCUCUGCCCACCAGCUUCCCAUCUCCCCUCUCCGGGCAGCUCCACGGCAUUAUCCAGGGUCACCUCCUUGGCUCCCUGCUACUUCAGUGAUGGCCUCUGCAUUGCAUGCAGGAGCAGCAGGCCUGGGCUGCUGAUGGUCUACAGCCAGACGGCAUCCUGAUGGGCUGUGUUUGUGCUGCUGUAUCUCAGCCCAUCAUUUCCGUCCCCCACGUGCGUAGCCAUCUGGGCUAUGGCCACAGCCAUGACCAGAGCAGAGCACAUUGACUCUUCUUGGCCCCAAGAAAGGAGAACAUUUGUCUUUUUAAAUGAGAUAUUAAUGAAGCUUGGAAAAAGGACUGCAGUCUCCUCUAGCUGAGGUUCAAAGACUGAAAUAUCCAAGGAGAGUAUUUCUGAUCCCCUCUCUGGUAAAAAAGAGAUUUUGUAAGAGGUCCCCCAGCUGUUGGGUUGGGGAGGAGGGGGCUGUCAGCCCUUGUCACCUGACAGUCACUGGUCCCCUCUGGCAUCCUCAUGGCUGCAGCCAGGCUGCUGGAGAUCCCAGAUAGCACCCCUAAAGCCCCAGGUGGGCUCUACUCUGAGUAGGUGAGUAUGGCAUGUGAGCCACUGAGAUGCAGGAGGAGCAUGGUGAGCAUGCAGAGAGGUCACCAGCAUCAGCAGUCCUGCAGAGGUUCCUGGCCAGGCAAAACAGCUGCAUAGCUAGUCUUAUGCCCAAUUUAUACAACACAUUAUUCAGCCUUGUCAGAAGAGCCUUUGCAGUGCUUGGUUUCAGGGCCACAGGACAUUUCUUGCUUUGAAGCUGAGCUGGCACAAGAAGUCGUCUGCAGUCCUGCUGUCCUGUCAAAGCCGUGGCCAAAAACAACAGGGUGAAGACUUUGGAAAGAGCUGCCCAUCCACAGCGUAAACGAGUUUAAAUGGGGACCUGGCUGGCUCAGGGCUUGAGCUUCCAAGCACAUCAGAGGCUGAAAUCCUGUGCACAACGGUGGGGAUCAGAAGUCUCUGUUCCUUGGUACCACCUAGUCUUGGCCCAGAUCUAGGCUAGCUUCAUCAUCAGGGUGGCUUUUCCAGUGAAGACCAUUUUCCUUUGGUGCUUUUCACAGGAGACUGUGACCCAGGGGCUGUUGUUGCUCUCCUCCCUGUGGUUUUAAUUUUUUUCUCUGUUUUGAUAGUCUGAAGGGUAAAACUAAUUCCCAUCUCAUAUAUCACAAUGAAUUUGACUUAAUAGCAAGAGGAUAAAUCUACUUUUUAUACUGUGGUGUAUUAUAAGCUAUUUAUAAAUGUCAUAUCACUUAAGGGUCAUUUCAGGGUUUUAAAUAAAGUUUUAAUUUAAACAUAA